CUGGCGUCUGGCGCCCAUCUCUCGUUCCGCUUCCCCUCCCGCCUCUCAAGCUCAAAACCAAGAAUCGAAACUGUGCUGUGAUCCAUGCAGCAGGAGCCUGAGCCCGCCCGAUCUCCGGGUCCCCAGCAAGACCCCGCACUGCCCCACACGCCCACCAUGCCUCCCCCGGAGUCCGUCUCCGAAGGCCAUCAGCCCAGCCCCAGCCACAGCCCUGCGGAGCAAGCCAUGGAGGAGGAGUUCCAGUUCCUGCGCUGCCAGGGCUGCCAGGUAGAAGCCAAGUGCCCCAAGCUGCUGCCUUGUCUGCACACGCUGUGCUCAGGAUGCCUGGAGGUGCCGGGCAUGCGGUGCCCGAUCUGCCAGGCGCCCGGGCCCCUAGGCGCUGACUCGCUGGCCGUGGAUAACAUCUUCUUCGAGAGUCUACAGCGGCGCCUGUCAGUGUACAGGCAGAUCGUGGACGCGCAGGCUGUUUGCGCCCGCUGCAAAGAACCUGCGGACUUCUGGUGUUUCGAGUGCGAGCGGCUCCUCUGUGCCAAGUGCUUCGAGGCGCACCAGUGGUUCCUCAAGCACGAGGCCCGGCCCCUGGCGGAGCUCCGCAGCCAGUCGGUGCGGGAAUUCCUAGACGGCACGCGCAAGUCCAACAACAUCUUCUGCUCCAACCCCAACCACCACACCCCUAUGCUGACGAGCAUCUACUGCCGAGGCUGCUCCAAACCACUGUGCUGCUCGUGCGCGCUCCUGGAUAGCGGCCACAGCGAGCUCAAGUGCGACAUCAGCACCGAGAUCCAGCAGCGGCAGGAAGAGCUGGACGCCAUGGCGCAGGCGCUGCAGGAGCAGGACCGCGCCUUCGGGGCGGCGCAGGCGUGCAUGCGCUCAGCCGUCAGCCAGCUGGGCAGCAUGCGCGCAGACACCGAGGAGCUGAUCCACACGCGCGUGCGCCAGCUGGUGGCGCACGUGCUGGCCCAGGAGCAAGUGCUGCUGGAGGGGGUGAACGCGCAGUACCAGCGCACCUAUGAAGAGGUCGCCGGCCAGCUGGGCCGCCUGGAAGCUGUGCUGCAGCGCAUCCGCCUGGGAGGUUCGCUGGUACAGAGGAUGAAGCGCUACGCCUCUGACCAGGAGGUGCUGGACCUGCACGGCUUUCUGCGUGAGGCGCUCAGCCGCCUGCGCCAGGAGGAGCCCCAGAACUUAAACACCACCGUGCGCACCGACAGCUUCGACGAAUUCAAAGUGCGCCUGCAGGAACUGGUCUCCUGCAUCACUCAGGGGGCAGAUGCAGCUGUACCCAGGCGAGCCAGCCCAGAGGCUACCAGCACUCCUAAGGAUUGUUUUGACAUUGACCCGCCAGAGGAGACGCAGAGGGCUCAGGCACAGGCCCCGGGGCUGGCUGAGACCCAUACUGUGACUUUGGUCCAGCCAGUGCCCGGGGUACACCCAGUGCCAGUUCAUGCCUACUCCAUCAAAGACUCCUCCUGCAGAGAGGAGGUCUGCAACACAGUCCUGCCCCAGAAGAGGAAGUCCUGCCAGACUGAGUGCCCCAGGAAGGCCAUCAAGAUGGAGUCUGAGGAGGAGAGGGAGACACGGUUGGCCCGGAGCUCCCCCGAACAACCCAGGCCCAGCACCUCCAAGGCAGUCUCGCCACCCCACCUGGAUGGGCCCUCCAGCCCUGAAAGCCCCAUCUUGGGAGGCGAGGUCUUUCUGCCCAACAGCAACCACACAGCCGGCAACCCUGGGGAGGCAGAGGAACGCGUCGUGGUGAUCAGCAGCUCAGAAGACUCAGAUGCUGAAAACUCGGUGGCUUCGUGUCCCCCCUGCGCAGAAACGGGGUUCUCUGGUGGGGUUACCACGUCCCCUCUUCUCCCACACCCUGUGGGAGGUGGGUCACGGCCUUCUGUGCCUCCUGGACUGUGUCGGUCCCACCAUCUGGGAAGGCUCCAGCCCUUGCCUCCCAGGGGGACUCUCCUGAGCCAGGGCCGGCCUUCUUUCUGGGUGAUUUCAACACCCAGCACCCUGACCUCUCCGGGGUCUUCACCCCAUUCCACGGCAGCCCCCAGCCCCACGGCCCCCUACCCUGCACCUCACCAUACCGAGAACUGGCCCACAGGGACUCUGACCACAGCUUUCUGCCCCUCAAGCUCUCAGGUACUUCAAAGAACCCUGCCCUCCCCACCCCGGUUCCUGUAGCCCCAGCUGCUACUCCUCAUCCUCCUUCCUCUCAGGCCUCUGUUCUUUUCCAUGUUGUUCUUCCAGCUGCAGCCCCUCUUCUCUUCCUAGUGUGUCCUUCCUGUGGCCUCAGCCAUGCCCGUGGCUUCAGUUAGUGCCCGCAGGCUGCUGAUGCCGGGUGCUCACUGCCGCGGCCAGACCGGGAUAGAUAGCCUGUGGCCCUCCAGAGUCCGUGCUCAGGUGCCCCAUAGAUCCCUCAGACUCCUCUGCUGUCUGCUCGGUACGUCACCCCAUCUGCCCGGCUUCGCGAGCAGAGGCCCCUCUCAAUCGUUCCUCAGCGCCGGUCAGGUUUUCAGUGGUAACCUUUCCGCAGUCUACAUUCCUCUGAACCCUGGGCACUUCUUUCCAUCCCAGAAAACUGCUAAAACGGAACUGACCUGGGGCAGAGGUAGAAGCCUGGGAAGGAGACUCUGAGAAAGGAUGGCAACGCCACUGGUCUCGCCAGACUUGGUGAGAGGUGGGUGCAGGCAUCAAAACCAGCAGUCUUGGGGGGCAGGUGUCAGUCUGGCUGCAGCGUCAGCAGGGAGGCGUGAGGUGAUGUCUGAGGUUACUCAAGGAAGGUGGGAGAAGCUCAUUUUAGGUGGUGAAGAGUUAAAACAAUUAGAAGCAGCCGCUCACCUUCAGACACCACCGGCUCUGGGGUGGGGGAGAGCUGGAGGACCACUGCUUUUGUGUUGGAAUUCUUCGGACAGCACGUUUUUUAAAUUAAGCAUUAUGAGUCCCAAACUUUAAAAAACAUACAUUUACAAAGAAAACCAAUGAGGACCCCUUCGUGCACUUUUCACCCACCUCCUGUGCCCCCUUCCGGACCCGUGGUGCUCCUAGAGUACCUGCAGCGAAUUCGCUGGGGAGCAGGGCAUCCUUGGCAAGGUGCCACAGGCUCCUGCAUACCCCUGAAUUCCGCCUCCAUGGCCUUCAUCCCACCUGACACGUGUGAAAGUCGGCCUACGAAAAGAGCACAUUCCCCAAGUGUACCGGGUUGCGUAGGGACCCCCAUCCCCAGGCUGCAGCUCUGUCAGUUGCUGGAAUCUAGCGAGACACGCCUGUGGGCUCUGGUGCAGGCCUGGCCAGGAGGGCGAGGCUCAGGAAGAGGCUGCUUGCUCAGGAAGAGCGAUCUGUGAGCUGGCAGAGGCGGUUGGAGGGGUCAGGCCAGGCCUGACGGUGGGCGACUAAACACGAGGCAGGUCAGCAGUGCCUCUGCUGCGAGCCCCGUGUUAGGGUCCGAGGCAGAAAAAAAUAGAAUGCUCUCACCUACCCUUGGACAGGUGGCUGGCCCCAGUGUCCGGCAGGAGCAGGGCCACGUGGAAGCAGGAGAGGGUGGUCCAUGGCCGAAGUGGCGGUGGUGGCCAGCAGUUGAAGGGAGGCCUGUGGGGGGGACAGCCGAUCCACGGGAGGGGCCGUGCCGCUCGUGUGUGGGUAUCGGGAAAAGAAGCCGGUGCUCGUCUGAGAGGGUGGGAGCCAUGGUCCCCGAGGGGCAGCAGCCUGCAGAGGGGGCCGGAGCAGUGGGCGGAAGGCAGCAGGGGCCGCAGGCUAGCGGACAGGAUGGCCCGGUUCACAGAUACAUGGGAGGUGUUUCGGGGCUUCCAGACUUUGCCAGAGCUGGGGUUUUGUGUCUGCAAAAAAAAAGCAAUGCGUGUGUCUUGCCAAACUGAUCGCAGCUGUCGUUGAAGCUUGGGUGCUGAGAGGGUUCCUCAGGAACUUGGGGAUUUUUGAUAAGAAUGAAUGGUGGGUACUGUGUAGACAACUUCAGGUGACCAGAUGCUAAAUAUCAAAGAGUCUGGCUCCUGUCUGAGUGGCUGCUGACCAAGCGUGGAGUGAAUCAGUAGCACAGUAGUUCUCAACCCUGGCUGCACACUGGAAUCUUUGGGGGGAGAUGGGGGGUUGUUUCCAAUGACAGAUUCCUGGGUCCCACCCCCAGAGAUUGUAAUUGAACUGGUCUGGGGUGCAAUCCGAAUAUCUGGAGUUUUUGAGGCCGCUACUGCGUAGCCAAAAAGGGGAGAACCACUGAAUUGGGAGGUUCAGUUGCCUGUCUGUGAUUCGUGUAUGUAUCAGCCUUCAACAGAGGUGACCAGUACAUGCUGGGAAAGGAUCAAGCAGGGGAGAGGGGGACACUGGAUCUUCCCAGAGAAACCUCCUAGACUUGUGGAAGGUGAUUAAAAUGUCAGCCUGGCUGCUUCCUGUGGGUGUGCUUGGUGCUACCGGGAGGCCUGCUGUGUGGAUUCACAAUGCAGUUGCCCUGCUAAGUUGAUCUGUGCUGGAGACGAGUGAACUGUAGCUCACGAGCCGGGCCACAGGUGUCUCUUAGUUCCUUGUGUUUCCUGAAAACCUCGUGGGCUCCCCGGGGCUCAGUCUGACCACAGUUCUGCAGUCAAAGAAACAGUCCAUUAACCAAGUACAAUAAAGAAAUAAAGCCUAGUAUUUACUUGCAUUUCAAAGAAUAUUAAAGGGGGUUUGACUCCCAACUCCCAGCAGCACAUCUUCAGGUCCUCUUCAGCUCCCAUCAUGCCCACUCCCUAGUGCCUUGGAACUUCCCACUUCUCACUUUUCCAGGCCGUGCACUCGGACUCUCAUCUUCACCACGCCGGUUCCCAUUCCGCCAUUCCUUUUCCCUUCCCCGCAGAUCUCAAGCCUUUUCCAACAAAAGGCCCUUUCCUGGCUUGGGUCCGGGUCUCUGCGCCUAUCCCUCUACGCUCCCCACCUACACACUCAGUUCCCCUGACUGCGGACGGAAGCCCAGCAGUGGUGCUCCAAUCGUGAGCGGGGAGGGGGCAGGAGGACAUCCUGCCCCAGAGCCUCUUGCGCAGAUUGCCCUUUUGUUAAACCUGGGUCUUUAGAAAAAUCUUUCGUAAGCACGCUGGUAUUUCCUGGCCGUGUUGCUGGGAUUUAAGGCAGGGAGGGCGCUUAAGUGGAUGGGCCGGCUGGAGUUCAGUGGAAGGUGUUCUAGCGAGAUCAUCCCCAUGCGCUGGCUGCACUUGACAGGAGUCCCCAAGGGUGAGGAGGAACCUGAAAGGAAGAGGAGUCCGGGCUGGAAGUUCCAGCCCUCCCGCCAUUGACCAGCUCGGCGGAAGGGGGGAUCCUUUCUUUAAGGGAGCUGGAUGAAAGACAUUGCACCACUUAUAAAAGAGAAAAUGACCCCAGGACAGUGGGAGGCCCUAAAAAUGAGAUUCUGAUGGCCAUCAUAAAUGACCCUGGUAUGAAGAUGGAGCCAGCCAAAAGACGCAGCUCUGCUGCUCUCCAGGGAGCUCAAAUCUGGGAAGAGGCUAUCCGAAGAGGUGACCAGGGCUCUAAGGCCUGAGAAGACAUUCCAGAAGGAAGGAGACAUGUGGAGGCACUCAGGGCCACUGCACAGGUUUUUGCAAUUACGUUGGGAGCAAAAAGGAAGGAAGAAGAGAAUGCUCCGUGUGCCAUGUCAGCGGGUGGCAGAGGACUCGGGAAAAGGGUCAGCUCGGCUCUGGAGAGGACACAGCAAGAGGAGUCCAGCUCUUUCCACCAGCCCAAGUGCAAGAGCAAGGUCUGGAAGGCUGAAGAUAAAAAAAAACACCUGGAUUUUUUCCCUCGGGGAAGGGAGGUGGCGUCUCUGGUCCACCAGCCAACAACUUGGAGGAGGACACCUGUAGAGGGCUCCUUACAGGGAGGAAAGGGAGCUGGGACCGCGGGACAGAGACUCAGAGCAAGGCAUGCAGAAUAAACCUUUGAGGCGUGGCCAAGUCGAGGAUACGGAUAUGCCAGGCGCUUGACCAAGACUUUAAUUAGGGCCUUAUGUGUAGAAUCCCCUCACUCCCAGGCUUCUGUAAGCAAGACCAGCUCUAGGUGGAUUCAUAGUGAAUGUCUUUUCUAUCAGUGACUGGAAGGAAGUUGGUGAGCCUGGGGUAGGGCUAUGAAAAAAGCAAGAAGAGUAAGAAUCAGGCACUCCUAGGAAAAUCCAGCACAUUGUACCUGUGCUUAGUAAUGACUUCGCUCUUGGCUGAAGUUUUGUUAAAAUGUUUCACCUGGAGAGUAAGAGGGCCUAAACCCAUGCUCGUUCCCUCCCGAGCCAGGGACAUUAGCCAGAAGCCAGCAUUUAUUCUUGGAGGCUUCAGAUAGCCCCCGGGGAGGCCAGCAUCAUCACUCUGCUAGAGGCAGUCCGGAAAUAUGAAGGACCCCAGGUCUGCUGUGGACUCUGUCCCAGCAGUACUCCCAGCCCUGUGACACGUGGCCCUGUGGCAUCAGCCAUGUCCUUUCCUCCUGGUCUCUGGCUAACAUCCGCAGGUGGCAUCCCCGGGAAGCUUUAAGCAGGCCACCAAAGACACCUUCUGGGUGUGGCACCUGGUGGAUGCUGAGCAAUUCACUUUAGGGAGAGGCUCUACCGCCCUCCAGCUGCAGCCGUUUGGGAGCCUCACAGAGUUGCAGCCCUUCCCCCACCCCUGAGGCCUUUCAAACUGUUUUUGCCUGGGUGCUGGAGAUAACAGGGCCUUGGGUGCCCAGGUUAGAGGAUCCCUGGGCCUGAGGCUUCUCUGAGCAGCCGGCUUCUGGAUGCUAAAUGACAAAGGGCCUCCGGGCCCUGAGACUUCUCUUUCCAUGGCUCUCGCUUCUAGGUUCUGUGUGUCCACGUUGACGUGGCAUUCCUGAGGCUGAGUGGCCCUCCCUUCCCCCUCUGUGUAGGACAGUGGGGCCCAAGCUGGCCAUGGAGACAAGAAGAGCCAGGCUCCUGGCCGCUUCCGGAGAAACUUCUGAGCUUUGGGAUGAGCCUCCUUCCUCCUGCCCCAAGUCCAGGGUGUUUCUUCUGAGUCUGUUGAGAGAGAAGGGAGCAGCAGACCCCUCUAGCAACAGCCCCUUCCCUGAGCUUCCCUGCCCAGCACCAUGCAUCCAGGUGCACACUCACUCACAUAUGCUCAUGUUCCCACACAGUUGUCAACACCGGUUCACAAAUUCACACCCGAUGCACACAUUUGACAUCUGCAUUCAUUCCCAUACUUGUGCUUUCACACACACACACACACACACACACACACACGCCUGCAUGAUCUCAGCCUCACUCCUCACUACCGCGUGGUUCACACGUGGCUCUCACGUACACACACAUCAAUUCAUGUGCACACAUCCUCAUGCACACACUCAGACACACACCUUCCCCUUCCCAAAACCCUGCUCUCCCUCAUGUGCAUGCAGAUGCCCCCAAACAUACCAGCUUGCUCAUGUCCCCACACUCACACCAUGCACACACCCACCCACCCACACACACACACGCUCACGGGCACAUGCUCGCAUUGCCACCAUGCACCCUCGCCCUCCGGCCCCCUGACCUG